ACCAAAGGCCCCAAGCACUUUGCUGAAGCGGGCCUCUUCGCUGUUUUUGCUGGAUCGUCUGAUGGCUGGUUCGGGUCCGGGCGCUUUUCCUCUGAUGACGAUGACGAGAAAGCCUGGUGGGACCAGGUUAGAGAUCACGAUGUGCAGGCUGGGCAACAGGAGGAUUUGGAGGCUGGGCAGAGGUCCCCUUUCUCCUGGUCGCAUGACCAGCCAGAGGAUGCCACUUCGUUCCCAAGUGGUGUUGCUUGGGAUCAGGACCUUGAGGAUGUUUCGGAGCCAGCUGCUGCCGUGGGCCAACCUGACGAGGGUUGUGAUGCGAACAGUUCUGCAGCUGAGGGUGCCUCAAGUUCUUCAGAGAGCGAUGGCAGCGGUGCCGGGCCCAUGCCGCCUAGGCUUUUGUAUCCUCCCACUGCGCCAGCUGGAACAUCCUUCACUAGGCAUCUGAAGUCGAGG